AUGACUUUUGGUCAGCGAGGCAUCGCGCUGAUCGGCCCCCUGUGUCACCUCCUCCCGUUCGUUGUGAUGGCCAUCCACCCGCCCUAUCCGGUCAUGCUUGUCGCCUAUAUCAUCGUGGGCCUCGGAAACGGCCUGGUCGACGCAGCGUGGAACUCUUGGACCGCAGACAUGAUCAACGCAAACACAUUAAUGGGAUUUCUCGGCGCAUUUUAUGGGCUUGGAGCCACACUGAGUCCAACGAUCGCAACUGAGAUGAUCAAAGCCGGCUUACGUUGGAAUGUGUUCUACUAUACCCUACUCGGCGGCUCGGCCCUAGAACUUAUGGCAAGUGUGGCUACGUUCUGGCACGCCGACGCAACGAGUUUCCGUCAAGAGAACCGUAAGAGUGCCGACGCCCGUGGAGACAGUCGCACUAUGGAGGCUAUGAAAAGCCCAAUCACUUGGAUUAUGGCCGUGUGGUUAUUUGUUUAUAUGGGCGUCGAAGUGUCUGUGGGUGGCUGGAUUGUUGAUUUCAUGGUCCAAGUCCGCGUGGGAAACAGCUACGAGUCUGGAUUCGUUCCUACCGGUUUCUGGGCUGGCGUGACCCUCGGACGACUACUUCUUGGGUUCGUAAAUGACUGGCUGGGAGAGCGGAUCGCGAUCACCGUUUACCUCGUUCUCUCGAUCGCCCUCGAGCUUGUGUUCUGGCUGGUGCCAAAGUUCACCGUCUCUGCCGUCACAGUGGCUCUUCUUGGCUUCUUCACCGGGCCUCUCUUUCCCGGCGCUCUUGUGGUAGCUGCGAAGCUGCUUCCCAAGCAUCUGCACACCCCGGGGAUCGGGCUCGUGUCAUCGUUGGCUGGUGGUGGAGGCGCAAUAUUACCAUUCGUUGCAGGCGCUAUAUCUGGCGCACGAGGCGUGCAGAGUCUGCAGGCUUUCGUUCUCGCUUUGCUGGUUACCUUAAUCGUUAUUUGGAUACUUCUUCCCCACAAGAAGCACUCUAGUCAUAGUGAUUAA